AUGGAUGAGAUGGAGGAACGCAAUGAAGAAUUGAGGAAUGAUAUCAAUCAAUUGAAGGAACAAAUGACCCAAAUUCUAGAGAUGUUGCAGUCUAUACAAGUGAAAAAUGUAGAAGGGACCCCUCAAUUAAUCAGAGGAGAAUUGUCAACUUCUCCUGCGUAUCCACCUGGUUUUACCUCAAUCCCAGCACAACCAUAUCUUAACAAACCCAGUCAACAAGUUGAUCCUCCAGAGGUCCAAUGGCCACCAUAUGGCCUUCCGCCCAACUACAUACCUCCAAUAAUCAUAGAUCCUCCGAAUAAGCACCAACCAUUGGUGAAUCAUCCGCCUACACAAAUGCAACCUACCCAACCUGAGGUUUCAAUCAUGAAUGUCAUCUCUUAUAAACAUCAAGUUCCCUACCAACCCCAAAAUUCUAAUUUUAUCAACCAACGGAAUCUUCACCAAACUUCUGGGGGAUAUCAACCAACCUCUGGAAUUGAGCAUGUUCAGUCUAGUGAGAAGUUGCAAAUGCUAGAAGAGAGGCUAAAGGUUGUGGAAGGAGGUAGUUAUGAUAUCGGUGAAGCUGUCGAUCUUUGUUUGGUUCCAGAUAUAGAGUUCCCCUCAAAGUUCAAAGUGCCCGAAUUUGAUAAAUAUAAAAGAACAAGCUGUCCAAAGAAUCACAUGACCAUGUACUGCAGAAAGAUGGCAGCGUAUGCUCGUAAUGAUAAGUUGCUUAUUCAUUGUUUUCAGGAUUCUUUAACUAGGGAACUUUGA